AAUGAUCACUUCAGUUUCUACCCAAAAUUUAAUUAAUAAUUUUAUAGCAAACAAAAAUGAAAAUUUAAUUAACGUGAAGAAGGAAAUGACAAGUCUAGAAGAAUCCAAGCCAUUUUUGAAGUUACUAGGAAAAAAUAUAAAUUAUGCUCCAUCGAAUAAAAUACAGGAGAAUUAUCAAGGAAUAAAUAUGGAAAAAAUUGGGGCUAGUUCGAGUCAACCUUCAGUGGUACAAAAACAUGCUUUUGAGGCACAUUUAACACCAGAAAAUAGAAAUUUUUCAAAUAUAAGUAAUAUGAAACCAAUGGAUUUUUCACAAUUGCUUAAACAAAAUAAUCUGACACCAGAUCAGUAUUUCCAACAUACUCAUAUGUUCAAGCCGACUACAAAUUUACGACCUAUAUUACCAAAGCCAACCAAUGAACAAAGUAAUCAGCAACCUUCAGAUAAGAGUUUUGCUGAUCAAUGGACUGAUUAUUUGAGAAAAGGGUCAGAACAAGCUGGUUCUUCUUCUUCUAAACAAAAAUCGGAGUUGAUAGAUUUUCUAUCGGACAAACGUCCAUUAAAAAUAGAAAAUCAACAAGCGAAUACAUUAAAUAAGAUAACUGAACCUUCAACUAAUUUUGGUUAUCAACAGGUAUCAAGUAAGAUGGGACAGAAUUUUCAACAAACGACUUCUUUGAAUAAAGGAGCAGAAACUUCAAAGAAUUUAGGCUACCGACAAGCAUCAAAUAUGCAAAAACAAAAUUUAAUUUAUAAUCAGAAAAAUAAUUCUUUGCAAAAAUUCUUGUUUCCAUUUAAAAACCAGCAACAGAAAAAAGAAUAUAAACAAAGACAGCGAGCCCGUUUUGGCCAAAAUUUUCAACUAGAUAAUGAACUUGAUAUCCAACUACGACGGCAAUAUGAAGAAUGGAAGCAUUCUCAUACUUUCCAACAAACCCCGUUAACAGAAAGUGUUCCAACACAAAUGCAACUAUUACAACAUCAAAAAGCUUACAAGGAACAACAAAGCUUAGAACGUGAAAAGCAAUUUUUCGAUCAAAAAUUGUCACUAGAGAAUCCAUUCUUGCUAAAUAAUGAAGGACAACAAUUUAUUAAACCAAUUCAACAAAACCACGCGGAAAAUUCAAAUAAGGCUCUACAACAAUUACAAGAAGGAAUGUUAAAAAAUCUAAUUAAGCAAUCUGUGGAAGAUGAAAUCUUGAAAUAUAGGAUGGUUUGUUCGACUUUAGUAAAUAUUACCCCAUUUGAUAUCUGUUACUGUUCUGCUGAAUAGUAGUUAGUAAAAGGGAUGGGAUCGUAUCUCUUUUGCUUACGUUGUUUCAUUCCCUUUAGUUUUCUUUCGCCUUCCGUCUUUCGCUCUUUAAAAUAAGGCUGUGCCAAUCCUGGUGUGUCUAGGGUUGGCGGAUCCAGAAAUAAUAUCGCAUAUUCAAUCCAAGAUUUUUGGAUAUCUGGAGCCGCUCUCUGUGUCGUUAU